AUGAGCGACAUAGGAAACUCGGGCAUGGAGCAGAUGAUUCCACUCAUCAACAAGCUCCAAGAUGCCUUCCAGCAGACAGGUCAAUCUCUGGAUAUCGAUUUACCACAGAUUGCCGUCGUGGGCUCGCAAUCAGCUGGAAAAUCCUCGGUACUAGAAAACUUUGUCGGCAAAGAUUUCUUGCCGCGAGGAAGUGGCAUCGUCACUCGUCGUCCGCUAGUCCUUCAACUGGUGAACAAUCCCCAUGGCGAAUGGGCCGAGUUCCUUCACGCCAAAGGAAAACGAUUCACUGAUUUCAGCGAAGUGCGAAACGAAAUUGAAGCAGAAACAGACAGAAUGACCGGCUCGAAUAAGGGAAUUUCGCCCGUUCCGAUUAACCUUCGCGUAUUUUCGCCGAACGUAUUGAACCUGACACUUGUUGAUUUGCCCGGAAUGACCAGAGUCGCUGUUGGUGAUCAACCGGCUGACAUUGAAAAUCAAAUCCGCGAUAUGCUCCUGCAAUUUAUUGGGCGCGACUCUUGCCUCAUUCUCGCUGUUUCUCCUGCCAAUACUGAUUUGGCGAAUUCCGACGCGAUGAAGAUGGCAAAAGAAGUAGAUCCUCAGGGAUUGCGAACCAUAGGAGUCAUCACAAAGCUCGACUUGAUGGAUCAGGGCACAGAUGCCCGCGACAUCCUUGAGAACAAACUUUUGCCUCUUCGUCGGGGCUACAUUGGUGUAGUCAACAGAAGUCAGAAGGACAUCGAAGGGCGAAAAGACAUCAAAGCUGCAAUGACAGCUGAGAGAAGGUUCUUUAUGAGCCACAGUUCUUACCGUCACAUGGCAGACAAAAUGGGUACGCCUUACCUACAGCAAGUGCUGAACCAGCAACUCACAAAUCACAUUCGCGAGACGUUGCCUACCUUGCGCAACUCGUUAGCGAAGCAACUUGCUAGUAUGGAAAAAGAAGUGGCUAAAUUCAAGCAUUACACACCAAAUGAUCCCAGUAGAAAGACGAAAUCGAUGCUACAGCUCAUUAAUCAAUUCUGCAAUUCGUUCCAGGAAGUCAUUGAGGGUUCAGGCAGUUCGGGAAGCUCAGUUUCAACAGACCAGCUCACCGUGGGAGCGAAAAUAAAUCGCCUCUUUCACGAGCGACUUCCACUUCACAUUGCCGAGCGCAAAAUCGAUGAGAAGCAUCUCCGAAAGGAGAUCAAGAUUGUCAUUCAAAAUAUUCGCGGUGUUCGAUCAGGUCUCUUCACUCCUGAUUUGGCCUUCGAAAGAAUCGUCAAAGAGCAAAUCGAGCAGCUCUUUAGGGCUCCGGCAAAUCUUGUCGAGCAAUGCUGCACCGAAAUUAUAAAUGCAGUGAGAAAUUGCUCAGAGCCGAUGAACACUUUUCCAAUGUUGAGAGAAGAGGUUGAUCGAAUUGUUUGCGAGCAUAUUAGAGAGCGCGAAAAUCAAUGCAAAGAUCAUGUUCGAAACCUCAUCGACUUUGAACUGGCAUAUGUCAAUACCAACCACGAGGAUUUCAUUGGCUUCACGCAAGCAGCAGCGUCCUCUGUUCCUUCCAAGAAACAGAACACUGCUGGAAAUAACGUUAUUCGUCGUGGCUGGCUUGGCUUGCAGAAUACUGGUGUAAUGCGUGGCGGAAGUAAAGAGUUCUGGUUCGUCCUUACUGCGGAAACUCUUUCGUGGUACAAGGACGACGAAGAAAAGGACAAGAAGUACAUGGUCCAGUUAGCAGAUAAUCUCAAGCUCAGAAGUCAGGAAAGCCACAAUAUGUUCGGUGCUAAGUUCACUUUCUCCUUGUUCAACACUGAAAAUCGAAACGUCUACAAAGACCACAGAACACUUGAUUUGAGCGUACAUAACGCAGAAGACUUAGAAUCUUGGAAGGCGUCAUUCUUACGAGCUGGGGUCUAUCCAGAGUAUCAAGCUGAAAAGGAAGAUGGCGCAGAGGAACAACAAGAGCAGAGAGUCUCAGCGGAUCCACAGCUCGAGCGACAAGUCGAAACGAUCAGGAACUUAGUCGAGAGCUAUAUGCUUAUUGUGACGAAAACGCUCAAAGAUAUGACCCCGAAGAUGAUUAUGGGUGUGAUGAUUAACCACACGAAAACAUUUAUUGCGGAAGAGCUCCUUGCAAUGAUUUAUGCGCAAUGUGACAUAAACAUGAUCAUGGAAGAGUCCGAUUCGGAGGUGCAGAGACGGGAUGAUAUGAUCCGGAUGUAUAACUCACUGAAAGAGGGACUCAAGGUCAUCGGAGAUAUUAACGUAUCGACAGUAUCUACCUCAGCGCCCCCGCCGGUUGACAAUUCGUGGAUCUCCGAGUCCUCCGCACCCAAGUCGUCUUCCGCUCCAAUAAAACCAAUGUCUAAGUCUAACCCAAUACCCCCAUCAUCAAAAACGAACCCUCCACCUCGUCCAAGCCCAGCGGGUGCCGCAUCCUCAAUGUUGGGCCGUGCUCAGAAUACUCUCAACGCCAUGAAUCAGAUAAAUUCUGGAAUGAACCAGCUUGGCAUCAAGCCUUCUCACGCUGCGCCAAUGAUUCCAUCGCGACCCGGCGGAAAUAGACCUCCUCCAGUCGUUCCAAAGCGUCCAGCAGGCAACAAACCACCCUCUAUUCCUUCACGCCCAAAUUUCUGA